UGGGGGCAAGUUGCCUUUGAGCUACUCUCUGAAGAUCAACUGCCUCCCUCUUACAGUCCUUGCCCUGAAGCAGUUCCCUCUGGCUGUGCUAAGGGGUGAUGCCCAAAGCACAUCACUUUUCAAGAAUUAGAUCAUGAACAACUUUAUCCUCCUGGAAGAACAGCUAAUAAAGAAAUCCCAGCAAAAGAGAAGAACCUCUCCCUCAAACUUUAAAGUCCGCUUCUUCGUUUUAACCAAAACCAGCCUGGCAUACUUUGAGAAUCGUCAUGGGAAAAAGCGAACAUUGAAGGGCUCUAUUGAACUCUCCAGAAUCAAAUGUGUUGAGAUCGUGAAAAGUGACAUCAGCAUCCCAUGCCACUAUAAAUAUCCAUUUCAGGUCGUGCAUGACAACUACCUCCUCUAUGUGUUUGCUCCAGACCGCGAGAGCCGGCAGCGCUGGGUGCUGGCCCUUAAGGAAGAAACAAGGAAUAAUAACAGUUUGGUGCCAACUUAUCACCCCAACUUCUGGAUGGAUGGGAGGUGGAGGUGCUGUUCUCAACUGGAGAAACUUGCAACGGGCUGUGCCCAGUAUGAUCCAACCAAGAAUGCUUCAAAGAAGCCUCUUCCUCCUACUCCUGAAGACAACAGGCGAUCACUUCGGGAAGCUGAAGAAAGCCUGGUCAUUGCCCUGUAUGACUACGAAACAAACGAUCCUCAGGAACUUGCGCUACAGUGCAAUGAAGAAUACUACCUGCUGGACAGUUCUGAGAUUCACUGGUGGAGGGUUCAAGACAGGAAUGGGCAUGAAGGCUAUGUACCAAGCAGUUAUCUGGUGGUAAAAUCUCCAAAUAACCUGGAAACCUAUGAGUGGUACAAUAAGAGCAUCAGCCGAGACAAAGCUGAAAAACUUCUUCUGGACACUGGCAAAGAAGGAGCCUUCAUGGUCCGAGAUUCCAGGACUCCAGGAACAUACACCGUGUCUGUUUUCACCAAGGCCAUCGUAAGUGAGAACAACCCCUGUAUAAAGCACUAUCACAUCAAGGAAACCAAUGACAAUCCCAAGCGGUACUAUGUGGCUGAGAAGUAUGUGUUCGAUUCCAUCCCCCUUCUCAUCAAUUACCACCAACACAAUGGAGGAGGCCUGGUCACUCGACUCCGGCAUCCAGUUUGUUCCCUGAGGCAGAAAGCCCCCGUCACAGCAGGGCUAAGAUACGGGAAAUGGGUGAUCCAUCCCUCAGAGCUCACUUUUGUGCAGGAAAUUGGCAGUGGGCAGUUUGGAUUGGUGCAUCUUGGCUACUGGCUCAACAAGGACAAGGUGGCCAUCAAAACCAUCCAGGAAGGGGCCAUGUCAGAAGAAGACUUCAUAGAGGAAGCGGAAGUCAUGAUGAAACUCUCUCAUCCCAAAUUGGUUCAGUUGUACGGGGUGUGCCUGGAGCAGGCGCCCAUCUGCCUGGUGUUUGAGUUCAUGGAGCACGGCUGCCUGUCGGACUACCUGCGCAGCCAGCGGGGACUUUUUGCCGCAGAGACCCUCCUGGGCAUGUGUCUGGAUGUGUGUGAAGGCAUGGCCUACCUGGAAAAGGCUUGUGUCAUCCACAGAGACCUGGCUGCCCGAAAUUGUUUGGUGGGAGAGAACCAAGUCAUCAAGGUGUCUGACUUCGGGAUGACCAGGUUUGUCCUUGAUGAUCAAUACACCAGUUCUACAGGCACCAAAUUCCCGGUGAAGUGGGCUUCCCCAGAAGUGUUCUCCUUCAGUCGCUAUAGCAGCAAGUCAGAUGUGUGGUCAUUUGGUGUGCUGAUGUGGGAAGUCUUCAGUGAAGGCAAAAUCCCAUAUGAGAACCGAAGCAACUCGGAAGUGGUGGAAGACAUCAGCACCGGAUUUCGGUUGUACAAGCCCCGACUGGCCUCUUCUCAGAUCUACCAGAUCAUGAAUCAUUGCUGGAAAGAGAGACCAGAAGAUCGGCCACCCUUC